ACAAACAGUUAUCUGAUAAAAAUGGCUCGCUGUUGAUCCAAAAUAAAACAGUCAACAAGUAAACCAGCUAAAGAGUAACGUAAAGCAAACGGAUCUUAAUGUAAAAUACAAGAUACUAGUUCACAAAGAGAAGAAAACAAAGAUUUUAUUGUCGGGUUCAUUAAUUAACGGUUUGAGUCACAAAUGGGUUUUUCUCUGAAACAAUUCCCAUGUUUACUGUUUUUCUUGAAGAUUGUACACAAUGCGUUUUUGUAAUAGCAUUCUUAAAACAUUUCAAAUGUAAUCUGAUCAGCCAUUAUGCUUUCCCAUUUCUUUUAUAGUUUCUCUUUAGUGUUUUACCUUUUUUAUAUCAACAGAUAGGCUAUAAUUGUAAGCCUACCCUUCGUGUGUUUCUGUUAAAUAAUAUUUUUUUAAGUGUAUCUUAACAAAGUCCAAAGGUACUGACGCUUCUUCUCUUGACAUCGUUAUGACUCUCUGGGUUAACUGGCUACGCGCUUAGUCUUGCCAUGUUUACAUUUUUGCCACUUUUUUGCUAUGUGCAUUUAAAGUAAAGGCGGUUUAGAAAUAUUUAACGAUCACUAUGGAUGCACAAAUUUCACCAAAGCACUUAUAAUAACAGGACGUUAAUUUCCAAGUGUGCUUGUGGGCUGCUGAAGUUAGCGUGGAAGCUAACUCAGAUUAGCUAACUAAACUGCGUGCCUGUGCUGUGGAUGCAAACCUUAAUUAAACUUAAUACAUAGGAUAUUGUCUGUGACUGAGUUACACAGGAGCUGUCACAAUGAGGAUUUUAAGGUUUCUAAGGAGCAGCGUGUCCAUAGGCAAGGACAUCGACUAUUACUCCAAAUUUUCACCCUCUCCUCUGUCAAUGAAGCAAUUUCUGGAUUUUGGCUCAGAAAAUGCAUGUGAGAAAACAUCAUUCGCCUUCCUCAGACACGAGUUACCUGUGAGACUGGCAAACAUCAUGAAAGAGAUCAACUUGUUGCCAGACAACUUACUGAGGACUCCAUCGGUGCGGCUGGUCCAGGGCUGGUACAUGCAGAGUAUUCAGGAGAUUCUUGAGUUCAAAGACAAAAAUGCAGAUGAUGAGAAAGUCACAUAUGAUUUCACAGAUGCGGUAAUAAAGGUCAGAAAUCGGCACAAUGAUGUCAUUCCCACCAUGGCUCAGGGAGUUGUGGAGUACAAGGAGACGUACGGCACAGACCCAGUCGUCAGCCAAAAUGUUCAGUAUUUCCUGGAUCGUUUCUACAUGAGCAGGAUAUCCAUCAGGAUGUUGCUCAACCAGCACACUCUCCUCUUUGGGGGGAAGGUGAAGGUGAACCCGGCUCAUCCCAAACAGAUUGGCAGUAUCGAUCCAAACUGUCGUGUGAGCGAGGUUAUCCGAGAUGCAUUUGAAAAUGCACGAAACCUUUGUGACCGGUACUACAUGAACUCUCCCGAGCUGGUGCUGGAGGAAUUCAAAGUCAACCCCAUCACUGUGGUCUACGUCCCGUCUCAUUUGUAUCACAUGGUGUUUGAACUUUUUAAGAACGCCAUGCGGGCCACCAUGGAGUUAUACGGCGAUGCCAUGGAGUAUCCUCCUAUCCACGCCCAGGUCGCUCUGGGAACUGAAGAUCUGACGGUCAAGGUGAGCGAUCGUGGAGGAGGCGUGCCGCUGCGCAAGAUUGACAGGUUGUUUACCUACACGUACUCCACAGCUCCUCGGCCCAGCAUCGACGGGGCCCGCGCUGCUCCUCUGGCUGGUUACGGGUACGGCCUGCCGAUUUCUCGGCUGUACGCCCGGUACUUUCAAGGCGACCUGAAGCUGUACUCUCUGGAGGGUUAUGGAACCGAUGCUGUGAUCUACAUCCGGGCGCUCUCCACAGAGUCCAUUGAGAGGCUCCCCGUGUACAACAAGUCGGCCUGGAAACACUACAAGACGAUCCACGAGGCCGACGACUGGUGCAUCCCCAGCAAAGAGCCCAAGGACAUGACCACGUUUCGCAGUUUCUAGAUCCAAAUGGCUCCUGGAGCAACGUGCGCAAGAGGUUGUAAAUGAACGGGUGUGUGACGGCGAUUAAUCACUCCAGAUGUCUUUGCACAGAAAGUUAUAUAAGAUUUUGUUCCAUAUUCUUCAUAAAGGUAAAUAGUUUUGUUGUGAUGAAGAUGUUGAAGUGCAGCAACAAAACAUCAGACUGGCACCUUUUUAAUGGUAUACUGGGAGAAACCAGAACCAUGCUUCUGGAAAGCUUGCUGUUGAAUGUAAAGUAAAAAAAACAAAAACAUUUUCAUUAAUUAUGAUGAGGAAAUAAUUGUGAGGAUGUCCUGAGACAAACUGUAACAACUUUCUAAAGGGCCUCAAACCUUUUUUUUUUGGCUUUUCUUUACUGCAACUUGCCAUUUAUCAACAACAUGUCCGUAACCAUAACGAUAUAUCUGUGAUAAACUAAAACCAGCCGAUGAAAUUAGUUGAAAGGUAACUUUUGAUGCUUUGAGAAGAACAAAUCAAACUCUAGUUAACGAACCCUCAGCUCCUCAAAACCUCCCCAACUGAAACUAUCUGCGUGAUUACGGUGUUAACUGCGUUUAUAUUGUUAGUUUUACGGCUUUAUAGCUUUUCCUUAAAUGCUUAGUUGCUUUUAUUUUGAUGAAAGUUGAACUUUUAACUGUUACAAUCCGUCUGUGUGCGGCUCUUCUUCCCCGUGUGACGUUGGAUACUUUGUAAGAAAAGGGAAACUUGUUCCAGUUAGUCGCUGCUUGUUUUUUAAAUUUGAUGGAAGUUUCUGCUGAUAAGUCUUAUUGGUUAAAAUGUUUUAAUUCAGGGUAUUUAUUCUUUAGUUGGAGAAUGUUUACAAGAAACAUGAUCAAAAAUGUCUUGAUUUGCCAUCUGGAGGCGACAUUUUGCACCUUAGAAUGAAUCAUUGAAAUUCAGCAAAGCUGAAGGAAACAUGUUGCAGAUGUUUUAUUUUAAGUUACUGUUUUGUCUUAAGUUUAGUUUGCAUAUAAGGUACUGCAAAUGUGAAUCAAGCUGCAUCACUUACAGUAUAAGAGCAACAUAUUUUUGGGUUGCUGUGGUUGUAUUAUAACGACUCAUCCUGUCAAUUAAACUGCAUUCAAUAUUUUCCAUGUUACACCUAAAGAGAUGCUGUAUGGAUCAUGUUCAGUGACAAAUAAACAUUUCAAACAGAUUA